GCAUACGAUAGACGCAAGGACCUGCGAUUUGUACGCGCAAUCGUCCUCGCUGGUUUUGCCGGUGUACCCGCGCUCUUCUUCCGCCGCUCCCCCGUCAUCGCAGAUCGCCCACGUUUGGCCUUCCCCGCACCACAGCAAACAAGUGUCGAGGGCGAGACGCAUCCCUUCCCCCCAGCUCCCAAGCUUGAGCUGCAUUCCCCCACACGCACGUCAGUCGAACCAAGCCAACGCUGCACCCGCAUCUCGAAAAUUUGGAAACAACAAUGCCUGCGGUCUCGAGCCACGGAUUUGUUCGCAGUCUGGAAGCGCGGGAAUGGCGCGAUACUGUUGGGCAGUCUGGGAUGACGCCUACGGCGUUUAGUUUUUUGAUUCCGGUGUUUGUUGUUGCUAUUGUGGCGCCUUUUCUGUGUAUAUUCUGCAUCCGGAGAAAACGACAGGUUGUCCCUGUCCCAGUGCGCCCACCUCCGAAGGCGAAGAAGCCUGCGCUCAGGCGUGCGGAAGCAAGGGAGAAGUUGAAUGAAGUCACCGAGGUGGUGAGUCUUGCUGCGUCAUCACCAUCACAACAUCGUGAUGGCGCGGUCGACGACAACGAGGAAACUCUUGGGGUAGUAGAGACACGCUCAGUGCUCGAAAGAGAAUGCGCAAUAUGUCUCUCAACCCUCCACGCCCCCGCCCCACCCGAACCCGCCAAACUCUCUCCAGAAACACCCAUAACCGAUGCCGCGGCCCUACCCGCCUCGCUCCCCCAAUCUACAGACCCCUCAACAACACCCUCAUCCUCCGAUCCCACCGACCCAACAACUAGCGCUACCAUCACCACCGCAAACCCCACCCCCGACUCCGAAACCAUCCUCAAGCUCCUCGUCUGCAGCCACGAAUUCCAUGCAGACUGCCUCGUCUCCUGGUUCGUCCUCCGCAAGACCAGCUGUCCGAUAUGCCGCUCCAUGUACAUGAGUAAGGAAGCGCUGGAUCAGCACGACGAGGAAGAAAGGAUCGCACUAGGUGGCGAUGUAACGCCUGCGGCGUUGGAAGCGGGGACUGCGAAUCAGACACCGACGCCCCUGGCUAUGAGCAAUUGGCAGUACUUUUUGCAUGGAAGUGGGUUGAGGAGACAGCAGAUUGUUGAGGCACGGACGAAUGCUCAGGCUCAGGCACAGGCUCAGCCGGCGGUGGAGUUGCAGGAUCGUGCGCCACAGACGGCGGAGCAGGGUGUGGAUGGGAGUGGUGCUGCAACUGCAACUCCCGUGGAGACGCCGGUGCAGCAGCCAGAGCAACCGUCUAGGUCGAGGUGGCAGAGACUUUUGAGACGGUAAGCAGGUUACGAUACAAGAUGGUUAUGACGACUUCGACAUGUUGAGAUGAUUUCACGGUCUUUGGCAUGGAUAGAUAGUAGAGCCUGUUUUCCUUUUCGAGAUACCCCUGGACGCAUUGUGGCGCUUCUGUCACGAUUCAAUGAAUACAAUUAUGAUUAUGCUUUUACUCCUCCUGUUGCAAUGCUCGAGCUAUGCCAACAAGAAUGACUCAACAAGAAACCUCGUUUUUGACUCACA